AUGUUUGGCGACAAACGUAUCAACGUGAAGAAAGAUGAGCUGCUGAAUCAGCUUCGCCCGACUGUUUACCGCUUAGAACUCGAGGAGCCUCGUCUUGGACUUCCAGCAACAGUCAUUGUUAAACAGGAGAAACCCAAACGGGAAGCUGAGUUCCGCGAUGAGAUUUUCGCUUACAAGAGGCUGCGAGAACUUCAAGGAACCGUGAUUCCAACUCUAUUCGGCCAAGGCUCUUUCAACGGGCGCCCCGCCUUAAUCCUUUCAGAGAUCGGCGGUAUUACUCUGCGCGAUCUCGCUAAACUCGACGAAUCAAGUGUCUGA